GAAGGAAUUACAAACCAAAACAUUGCAAGUGUGAUUAUCGGUUUAGUCGUGAUCGGGAACGUUUGGCUUUUGGGUAUAAUUAAAAUAUUUUGGCAUAUUUUCAAUACAAUCCACCGAGCAAAAUGAGCUGGAAAAAACAGGGAAAUUUCCAACGUACGUACACACAACCUGAUUUGUCAAAAAUCGAAUUAAAAUCAAAGUUAGACGCAGAAUUUCGAAGAGUUUCGAUCGACCGUCAUCAGUACACAGAAUUUGCCAAUUUCUACUCGUUUUUGGAGAAACUUCACCAGUUAGAGAAAAAACCAUUUACUAUUUGGUACACGGAUCCUGACAGAGAACUACUUCCAAUCAACAAUAAUAAUAAUUUAGCUGCUGCUCUACAACAUACACAUCAAAGAUUACGGCUGGUUGUACAGAGACAAGGGAAAAGCUACAAUUCGGACAGCCAAUUUGAUUCACCAUCAGGAAUUGGAUCACCCAAAAGAAAGAACAUACUUUCCAACGUUACAAAUGUGGUUGCAAGUCGUCCGAAAAUGGUCCACAGGCUUGCAAUAAGUACACCUUCAGAUUUCAGAAGAGUUUCGGCCAUUGUUGAUGUUGAUAUUGUACCAGAAACACAUCGUCGCGUUAGACUGUUAAAGCAUAACAGUGAUAAACCUCUUGGUUUCUACAUCAGAGAUGGUACAAGCGAUCGAGUUGUUCCAAAUGGCAUUGAAAGAGUACCUGGUAUAUUUAUUUCGAGGCUUGUACCUGGCGGUUUGGCAGAAAGCACAGGUUUACUAGCAGUAAAUGAUGAAGUUCUAGAAGUCAACGGUAUUGAAGUUUCAACUAAGACAUUAGAUCAAGUGACGGAUAUGAUGAUUGCAAAUAGUCAUAAUUUAAUAAUAACUGUGAAACCUGCCAACCAACCAACACCUCAGCCUAUGAGUCGAGUGUACAAAGAUUCACACUCGGUUAAAUCAAACCCAGAUCUUUCACGAAUCCGACUGGAAGAUAACAGAACAUUUUCUACCCCGGAUUUGCCAACUUCAUUAAAAUUGGAAGCUAACAGUGGCUAUCAUGGAAAAAGCAGCGUCCCACAAGCGUGUCGCCUAGCGGUAUGUUUUAUAAAGGUGGUAGUGGUCUUGUAAAUCCAGCAUGUGAUUUCAUGAAUGAUAGUGGGGAUGAGGGCGAAGUGGAUGAGGAUGGUGUACUAUCUAUUUGAACCAUUAUGUAUAUAAACUAUUGAAGAUAUCCAAUCUGUAGGAAUUUAACAAUUCAAGUUUCAUGACAUUUUAUAGCAAAAUAUUUUCAACUAUGACAUUAUCAAAAGUCGAAUUGUAGUAGAUGAACAACUUUUGCAAUGAUUGUUUAGAUACAGCACUAGUUAUUUUUAAUCAAAUAUCAAAGGAUGAAAGCCUAUUGAAGGAUUAGCAAUUUUAGUGAAUAAAUAUUUUAGAGAAGCUAUUUAAGUAAUAUUCAACACAGAAGACUAUUUUGGCCUUAUGUUUCAGCAGAAUACAUUUAAAGUUUCAUUGUUUUUGAAAAACUUUUAUUUCAAGAUGAACUUUUUAUUGGAACGAUGAACAGUAAUAGCUGAUUUAUCCACUUCAAUAUUUGAAAUUUUUUGUGAAAUAAGAAAUAUUCGUCAAUUAUAUAAGUUACGGGGUACUGUGAACUGUUAUGUAUAUAUAUGAUUGUACUUUUCACGUUUAAAUACAACUUUUGUAUAAUACACGAA